AUGAAGGGGAUGAGAGAAGGAGGAGGAGGAGGGAGUGUUAUAAGCAGUGAGCAGGCAGGUUGGUUCCUCACUGACUCCUUGGCUGCGGUGGAGUGGCUCUGCUGCUGUGCCCUCUGUGCCUCUCUGUCGUUCUGCCUCGUUUUCUUAGGGCGUGUUAAUGAUGAAGGCGUCGGUGGCUGCGGUAGCGUGGUGGUGGUGGUGGUGGUGGUGUUGGUGUUGCCUGUAUCCACGACCGUCCAAACCUGUGAAUCACCUUUUAACGGCUGCCCCGGAAAGCCUAACAGCAUUAGGUUUCACGGAUGGUGUUACUACGUGUUGGAAGAUAUAUAUGGCACAAAGAAUAUCACAGACUGGUACAAAGCCAGAGACUACUGCAAAAGUGAUUCAGGGGAAUUGGCCUCCCCUACGGAUACGAUGGCCAUCGGAAUGUGGUUCACGUGGACAAAGACAGAAGCAUGGAUUGGCGCAACAGACGCCGAGGGAAGCAUAUGGUACUUCUUGGACGGGAGACAAGUGCACUGUUCAGCUUUUAAUUAUCAACCCCCCAAGCCAGAUCCAUUCAGACCUCUCUGCGGCACUAUGACAAUAGGCAGCAGAAAACCCUUCAUUGCGCCCACCCCGUGUUUGAAAAAUUAUCCAGUCAUCUGUGAACGCUGGGUUGGAUUCAAACCGUAAGUUUAGAAGGUGUUUUUGUGGUUAUUCGUUAUUACUUAGGUCCAUAUUCAGAAAUGUUUUUGCUCUCAUCAUGACUAUUUUCCAAGGCCAGAAAUGAUUAACGAGGUUUUCUAGAGUGUAUCUCCAGUUAAUAAUGUAGAAAUCGUGGCAGUCUGCCUCUAGAACCAUAAAAACACUCUGCUCUCUCACCACGAUUAUUUUGUUUCCACGGUCAC